CUCCUCCCCUGUGCUCUUCAUCUCAUUUCUAAACUUUUUCUUCAUCCCUCUGUAAACAGAAGGAAACGCAGCCAUCGUCUCUACAUGGCGGGAGGUGAAAAGAAGACUAAUUCUGGUUCCAGCGGAGGGGGAAAGAAGAAGGAAGUCAAGAAGGAGACUGGGUUGGGGCUAUCUUUUAAGAAAGAUGAGAAUUUUGGAGAAUGGUACUCUGAGGUUGUUGUCAGUUCUGAAAUGAUUGAGUACUAUGACAUUUCGGGCUGUUAUAUUCUGAGGCCAUGGGCAAUCUCUAUCUGGGAGAUCAUUCAAACAUUUUUUGAUGCAGAGAUUAAGAAGAUGGAAAUCAAGAACUGCUACUUCCCUCUUUUUGUAUCUCCUGGUGUUUUACAAAAGGAGAAGGAUCACAUUGAGGGGUUCGCCCCUGAGGUUGCUUGGGUAACCAAAUCAGGAAAGUCAGAUUUGGAAGUGCCCAUUGCAAUCCGUCCAACUAGUGAGACAGUGAUGUAUCCCUACUAUUCUAAGUGGAUAAGGGGACACCGUGACUUGCCUUUGAAACUUAAUCAAUGGUGUAAUGUUGUGAGAUGGGAAUUCAGCAAUCCUACUCCAUUUAUCAGGAGUCGUGAGUUUCUCUGGCAGGAAGGACAUACUGCUUUUGCAACAAAAGAAGAGGCAGACACAGAGGUUCUUCAAAUAUUGGAACUUUAUAGACAGAUAUAUGAAGAAUUCUUGGCUAUCCCUGUUAUAAAAGGGAAGAAGACUGAGAUGGAGAAGUUUGCUGGUGGACUUUACACAACUAGCGUUGAGGCAUUUAUUCCAAACAGUGGUCGUGGCAUUCAAGGUGCAACUUCCCAUUGUUUGGGCCAAAAUUUUGCAAAAAUGUUUGAGAUAAACUUUGAGAAUGAGAAAGGAGAGAAGUCUAUGGUCUGGCAGAACUCUUGGGCAUACAGUACUCGAACGAUUGGAGUUAUGGUCAUGGUUCAUGGUGAUGACAAAGGCUUGGUGUUACCUCCCAAGGUAGCAGCAUUGCAAGUUGUUGUGGUUCCUGUCCCUUACAAAGAUGCUGAUACCAAAGGUAUUUUUGAUGCCUGUGUUGAAACUGUGACUGCACUGUCAGAAGCAGGUAUUCGUGCUAAGGCUGAUCUUCGAGAUAACUACUCUCCUGGUUGGAAGUAUUCUGACUGGGAAAUGAAAGGUGUUCCCAUAAGGAUUGAAAUAGGGCCAAGAGAUUUGGCAAACAACCAGGUACGUGUUGUUCGCCGUGACAAUGGAGCAAAAAGUGAUAUUUCUAGGGUAUUUUUAGUUGAACAAGUGAAAGGUAUUCUGGAUAAGAUUCACGAAAAUCUUUUUGAGGUUGCAAAACAAAAACGAGAUGCCUGCAUUCAAGUUGCAAGAACAUGGGAUGAAUUUGUAAAGGCUAUUGGGGAAAAGCAAAUGAUCUUGGCUCCUUGGUGCGAUGAGGAGGAUAUUGAGAAAGAAGUGAAAGAGCGAACAAAGGGUGAGCUGGGAGCUGCUAAAUCUCUUUGUACCCCAUUUGAUCAGCCUGAACUUCCAGAAGGUGCUAAAUGCUUUGUUUCUGGUAAGCCUGCAAAGAAGUGGACCUACUGGGGCAGGAGUUACUAGAUUAUUGGCUUCUGAUGUGGUAUUCCUCCAAUUCAACAUCGAUAGUUUGCAUGCGCUUGGAGGCUUCAAAUCAAAGAUCUUGAUAAAACUUUCAUACUGAAAAUACACUCAAUUUUUCUAUUUAAUUUUUAAAUGGGUGGCUAUUGCUUGACAUGUUGGUGCAGAAUUUUACAUCAGUACCAUAGAUUUGCGAGUUGGUCUUUAUAACAGGAAGUUAUACUUGAUUACAUGUUGAAUUAUUUUACUUUAUUGUUUGUCUUCCAUGCUGCUUCGUAGCACCAUUGGCUGUGACUCGCUUUCGUGGAUGUUAGGUUUUCUUUAAUAAAUUGAAAAAGGCAUU